AUGAGCGAAAAGGACGACCUACCUUCGUACCAUGCCGCUGCCGGGGCGUCGCGAUGGCGCCGACAGAGGCCGCGAAGAUCCCGAGCGCUCCCGCUCUUGGCGCUAGGCUGCCUGUGCUUCAUUGCGUUUGCGCAGUGGAUGCAACUGCCGCGGUCCGGGGCCUCCGUGCUGCCGCUAUCCAACCCGGAACUGACCGCAUACGGCCUUUCGGUCAAACGAUUGCAGCAGGACCUUGCCACGUGCGCUAAGUUGCGCAAGAAACCACAGGAUCCAAUCGGGGCUGGGCGGGAACGGAACGCGAGAUACGUGGACGGCCAUGCCCCAACCCUGAUCAAAAAUGCCAGCGUCUGGGUCGGCGAGCCAGCAGCCGGCACGCCAGCGGAGGCAGCGCGCAGCGGUACCGGUUUCGACUGGAUCACCGCAGACGUGUACUUGGAAUAUGGCCUGAUCAAGCGGGUCGACCCAUCGAUCACGCUGUCGUCUGUCGCGUCGGACACGGUGGUCUUCGAUGCCCGCGGGCGCCCCUUGACGGCCGGUAUCAUCGACAUGCACAGCCAUGCCGGGGUAGACUCGUUGCCCGAGUCAUGGGGCAACGAGGACACCAAUGAGAUGGCGUCGGACAUCGUGCCGUAUGUCCGCUCCAUCGACGGCAUCCAGCCUUACGACCACCAGAUUCAGGUCAUCAAGUCGGGCGGAGUCACCACGAGUUUGAUCCUCCCGGGGUCCGCCACUAACAUGGGCGGCGAGGCGUAUGUGAUCAAGCACGCCGUGGGCAAAGCGGACGGGCGCAACGAGACGAGCGCUGCCGACCUGCUAGCCGACCCCGACCGCAACUGGCGGUUCAUGAAGAUGGCUUGCGGCGAGAACCCGAAGAGACUUUUUGGCAGGCCGGGAAAGCAGGGGCCCACCAGUCGGCUGGGGGAGAGCUGGGAAUUCCGUCACGCGUUUGAGCAGGCAGCGAAGCUGGUACAGCAGCAGGACGACUGGUGCGACGUUGCAUCCGCCGCUGGGGCUCACCAUAUGAGAACUUACUUGCCACAGGAGCUUCGCUGGGAGUCACUGGGAGCCUUGUUGCGGGACCAGGUCAGGUUGAACACGCACUGCUACACGAUACCGGACCUGGAAGCCUUUGUGGAUCAUACCAACGAGUUCAAGUUCAAGGUCCAAGCUUUUCACCACGCCCAUCAGACCUUCUUGGUCCCUGAGAUCCUCAAACGGGCGUACGGACAAGUGCCAGCGUCCGCCCUGUUUGCCGAUAACAUGUGGUACAAGACGGAAGCAAACACUGCAUCGGAAUACGCCGGGAAGAUACUGUACGACAACGGUCUGACACCCAUCUAUGUCAGUGACAACCCGGUGCUGAACGCCCAGCACGUCGUCUUUGAGGCUGCCAAGGCUUACAAGUAUGGCUUGCCCUACCAUGCUGCGCUUGCGGCGGUGACCACUGCCCCGGCCGAGCGCCUCGGGUUUGGAAACAGGCUCGGCAAGGUAAAGCCUGGAUUUGAUGCCGACAUCGUGGUAUGGGAUAGCGACCCGCUCAGUGUUGGUGCGACGCCCGUGCAGGUCUGGAUCGACGGGACGGCGCAGUUUGAAGACCCGGUGGAACUCAAGAAGCCCACCGUGGAAUUGAGUGCUCGUGACCAGAGCCUUUCCAAGAUCCCUGAGGGGCCGGUGCCCUUGGGCGAUGUGGUAUUCACCGGCGUCUCGAGAGUGCUACUCAGAACCGAGUCCAGCCAGCUAUCUUCCAACAACACCGUGGUGCUGUCCAAAGGGAAGGUCAUUUGCAUCGGGCGGUGCGAGUUAGCGCUGCAAGCCGCCUCUGAGUCCAAAACCCCGGUCAUCAGUUUGAAAAACGGCUACAUGACCGAGUCUUUCACCGCGCUCGGCUCCAAGAUAGGGCUCAACGCCAUUGACGCCGAAGACGACACAGACAACGGUCCUAGCGGCAAUGCUUUCACCCGCGCGGAAGACGGUCUUGCACUCGGCACCCAGAAGACGAACGUCUCCUACGCCUACGGUGUAACAAAAGCCAUCUCUGCACCAAAGCUCACGGGCCAGGCUAGCCACCAUGGCACCAGCGUCGGCUUCGUAACCGGCGCAAAGACGCCCCUCGACAAGCACGCGAUCUUCGCUGCGGACGCAGCAGUGCACUACACUCUCGACCUAUCCGUCAAAGGCACCAACCAACCCGACUACAUCGGCUCCAUCUCCGCCGCAGUCGGCAACCUGCGCCGCAAGCUCCUGACCGCCGCCUCCAAGCGUAACGAGACCGUUCCCGAUAUCUACUCCGAGGCAGCCUUCCUCCAGCGCGUCGUCAACGGCUCCCUACCGCUAGUGAUCACCGUCCACAGCGCCGACGCCAUCGCUGCUCUCCUCAAGGUGAAGACCACCGUGGAGGAACGCAUGGAGACCAAACUCCGCCUGGUAGUCUAUGGCGGCGCAGAGUCACAUCUCCUCGCGGAUGAACUUGCCGCUGCCCACGUGGGGGUAAUCCUCGCGCCGAUCUUUUCGUAUGCCACGUCUUGGGACCAGCGCCGCGCCCUGACAGGCGCGCCGCUCACCAACGGCACUGGCGUGGAUAAACUGCUGGAUGCUGGUGUGCUGACGGGCAUUGGGCUGGAGGAGGACUGGGUGGUGAGGGAUCUGGGACUGCUCGCCGGGACCGUGUGGAAGAACGGAGAGGGGCGGGUGGAUGAGCGCGGCGCGUUGGAGAUGGUGGGCGGGAAUCUGUACAAGAUGCUUGGUUUGGAGGAGCCGAGGGUGGAGGACGGCCACUUUGUUGUCUGGGAGGGGAGCCCGUUGGAUAUUGCGGGGAGGGUCAAGGCUGUUGGUGGUGGAAGGGGGUUUGUUGAUGUUUGGACUUGGUGA